GCUGCUCCAGGGUCGCACUUCCGGCCAUCUCCCUGGGAGACGCGCAUUGUGAAGUCGGGAGCCGGCCGUGUCAGUUAGGGUCUCCGGUGACCGGGACCGCAGUGGCGGCCCCGCGGGCGGGAUGUUCCGGGGUUUGAGCAGUUGGUUUGGCUUGGAGCAGCCGGCGGCGGGUGGCCGGGAAUCUGAGGGAGACGCCCCACCCCAGCAGUGCUCUGAAGUGGUGUCCGAGUGUGCGGACGGGGAGCUGCGUCAAGCGGGGAACCAGGAACUCCUUCACCAGGCGAAAGGCCUCGGCAACUAUCUGUUUAGCUUUGCAACUGCUGCUACAAAAAAGAUAACUGAAUCAGUUGCUGAAACAGCACAGACAAUAAAGAAAUCAGUAGAAGAAGGAAAGAUAGAUGACAUCAUUGAUAAGACAAUUAUAGGAGAUUUUCAGAAGGAACAGAAAAAAUUUGUUGAGGAACAGCAUACCAAAAAGUCAGAAGCAGCAGUGCCCCCAUGGGUUGAUAGUAAUGAUGAAGAAACAAUUCAACAACAAAUCCUGGCCUUAUCAGCUGACAAGAGGAAUUUCCUUCGUGACCCUCCAGCUGGAGUGCAGUUUCAUUUUGACUUUGACCAGAUGUAUCCCGUUGCCCUGGUCAUGCUUCAAGAGGAUGAGCUGUUGAGCAGGAUGAGAUUCGCCCUUGUUCCUAAACUCGUGAAAGAAGAAGUGUUUUGGAGAAACUACUUUUACCGCGUCUCCCUGAUUAAGCAGUCAGCCCAGCUCACGGCCCUGGCCGCCCAGCAGCAGGCCUCCGGGAAGGAGGAGAAGAGCCAUGGCGCCAAGGAAGACCUGCCGCUGACAGAGGCAGUACGGCCCAAAACGCCACCUGUCGUAAUCAAAUCUCAGCUUAAAACUCAAGAGGAUGAAGAGGAGAUUUCUACCAGUCCAGGGGUUGCUGAGUUUGUCAGUGACGCCUUUGAUGCCUGUAACUUAAAUCAGGAGGAUCUGAGGAAAGAAAUGGAGCAACUGGUUCUUAACAAAAAGGAGGAGGAGACAGCCAUUCUCGAAGAAGAUUCUGCAGAUUGGGAAAAAGAGCUACAACAAGAGCUUCAGGAAUAUGAAGUGGUGACAGAGUCAGAGAAACGAGAUGAAAACUGGGAUAAGGAAAUAGAAAAAAUGCUGCAGGAGGAAAAUUAGCUCUUUCCUGAAAUAAAAGAAUAAUGCUUAACAUUCUGUAACUGACAUUAAAUUCUAGAUGACAACACUUGCUGAAUCAGAAGGCACAAAAGAUUGGUAUAAUUUUGAAAUCCAAGAUUGUUCAUUUUUAGGCUGAAAUUUGCCUUUUUUGCUUUUAAAAAAAGUAUAUAGAACAGUUAUUCUAAUAAUCAAAAAGGAUGUUUUAUGUAAUAUUUCUUUAAUAUAAAUCUAUUUAGAGGUAUUCAUGUAGUCACUAUGGAUGUCUUUGCCACAGAAAUGCAAGUAAAAUUUUAGAAUUCUGUUUUCUGUGAGGUCAGAAUUAUAAUUUAUUCUUCAAUUUUUUUUUCUAAACAUCUGUACUUCUUGUUGCACUUUCACUGAUACAUGUAUAUUAAAGUACUUAUGUAAUGAAUUGAUAACUAUCAAAAUGACCAAAUUGUACCAAAGAACCGAAGAAGAAGCACUUUCAAGACUAUUUUCUUGCUAGGUAUUUUCUAAAAUUCCAUCUAGAAGCCAAAAGGUAAGAUAAUUAUGUUGAUUUUAAUGGUGUAAACAUCACACAAUUUGAAACUGAGAAAUACCGUGCAAAGAUGUUUAUUUUUCUCUGGGGCCUUUUCUUUCUUUCUUGUGUUGUUUGUUUCUUUCUUUCUUUGUUUUUUUAACUAUACCACAUUUAAUAUUGUUGCUUUCCUAAAUUCCACAUCACAGUUUUUGUAGAAAAUUGGGCCUUUUGUCCUUUUUAUAUUAAUGACCUUCACAAGCCUAUUCAGCUUACAGUCUCUUGUUUUUGUUUAGAAAGUUUCAGCUUUGUUUGUCUUAAUUAAACUGUCAGUCCUUAUAAAA